CAGCGCCGGCGCGCGCCUGGCUGGGCCCUGUGGGGCGGGAGGGAAGCAGCGCCCGAGCGAGAGCCGCGGCCGUCGUCCAGAGCCGAGCCGCGCCGCCCGACGCCCUCCUGCCCGCUCCGCGCCGGCCCGCUCGUUCGCGUUCCCGUCGCCGUGUCCUGCAGCGGGGGCCCAGCAUGGUCAUGGCGGAUGGCCCGAGGCACUUGCAGCGCGGGCCGGUCCGGGUGGGGUUCUACGACAUCGAGGGCACGCUGGGCAAGGGCAACUUCGCCGUGGUGAAGCUGGGGCGGCACCGGAUCACCAAGACGGAGGUGGCUAUAAAAAUAAUAGAUAAAUCUCAGCUGGACGCAGUAAACCUUGAGAAAAUCUACCGAGAAGUACAAAUAAUGAAAAUGCUCGACCAUCCUCACAUAAUUAAACUUUAUCAGGUAAUGGAGACCAAAAGUAUGUUGUACCUUGUGACUGAAUAUGCCAAAAAUGGAGAAAUUUUUGAUUAUCUUGCUAAUCAUGGCCGGUUAAAUGAAUCUGAAGCCAGGAGAAAAUUCUGGCAAAUUCUAUCUGCUGUUGAUUAUUGCCAUGGCCGGAAGAUUGUGCAUCGUGACCUGAAAGCUGAAAAUCUCCUGCUGGAUAACAACAUGAAUAUCAAAAUAGCAGAUUUCGGUUUUGGAAAUUUCUUUAAGGCUGGUGAACUGCUGGCAACGUGGUGUGGCAGCCCCCCUUACGCAGCCCCGGAGGUCUUUGAAGGGCAGCAGUAUGAAGGACCACAGCUGGACAUAUGGAGCAUGGGAGUUGUUCUUUAUGUCCUUGUCUGUGGAGCUCUGCCUUUUGAUGGACCAACUCUCCCUAUUUUGAGGCAGAGGGUUUUGGAAGGAAGAUUCCGGAUACCAUAUUUCAUGUCAGAAGAUUGUGAACACCUUAUUAGAAGGAUGUUGGUCCUAGAUCCUUCCAAACGGCUAAGUAUAGCUCAAAUCAAGGAGCACAAGUGGAUGCUCAUAGAAGUUCCCAUUCAGAGGCCUAUUCUCUAUCCACAAGAACAGGAAAAUGAGCCAUCCAUUGGGGAGUUUAAUGAGCAGGUUCUGCGACUGAUGCACAGCCUUGGGAUUGAUCAGCAGAAGACUAUUGAGUCUUUGCAAAACAAGAGCUAUAAUCACUUUGCUGCCAUUUAUUUCUUGUUGGUGGAACGUCUGAAAUCACAUAGGAGCAGUUUUCCUGUGGAGCAGAGACUUGAUGGCCGCCAGCGCCGGCCUAGCACCAUUGCUGAACAAACAGUUGCCAAGGCACAGACUGUGGGGCUCCCAGUGACCUUGCAUUCACCGAACGUGAGACUGAUGCGAUCUGCCCUCCUCCCACAGGCAUCCAAUGUGGAGGCCUUUUCAUUUCCAACCUCCAGCUGUCAAGCAGAAGCUGCUUUUAUGGAAGAAGAGUGUGUUGACACUCCAAAGGUGAAUGGCUGUCUGCUUGACCCUGUGCCGCCUGUCCUGGUGAGGAAGGGGUGCCAGUCACUGCCCAGCAAUAUGAUGGAGACCUCCAUUGAUGAAGGCCUGGAGACCGAAGGAGAGGCUGAAGAAGACCCCAGUCAGGCCUUUGAAGCCUUCCAGGCCACACGCAGUGGGCAGCGACGGCACACUCUGUCAGAAGUGACUAACCAAUUGGUUGUGAUGCCUGGAGCAGGGAAAAUUUUCUCGAUGAGUGACAACCCCUCCCUUGACAGUGUGGACUCUGAGUAUGAUAUGGGGUCUACCCAGAGAGACCUGAACUUUCUGGAAGACAGCCCUUCCCUGAAGGACAUCAUGUUAGCCAAUCAGCCAUCACCCCGCAUGACAUCUCCUUUCAUGAGUCUCAGACCUACCAACCCAGCCAUGCAGGCUCUGAGCUCACAGAAGCGUGAGGCCCACAACCGGUCCCCUGUGAGCUUCCGAGAAGGCCGCAGAGCAUCGGAUACUUCCCUUACACAAGGGAUCGUAGCAUUUAGACAACAUCUUCAGAAUCUUGCUAGAACCAAAGGAAUUCUGGAGUUGAACAAAGUACAAUUGCUUUAUGAACAAAUAGGAUCAGAGGUAGACUCUAACUUAACAGCAACUGCUCCUCAGCUCCAAGACCUUUCAAGCACUUGCCCUCAGGAGGAAGUCUCUCGGCAGCAGGAAAGUGUCUCCACCCUCUCUGCCAGCAUGCAUCCUCAGCUUUCUCCACAGCAAAGCUUAGAAACCCAGUACCUACAGCACCGACUCCAGAAGCCCAAUCUUCUGCCAAAGGCCCAGAAUACUUGUCCAAUAUAUUGUAAAGAACCACCUCGGAGCCUGGAACAGCAGCUACAGGAACAUAGGCUCCAGCAGAAGCGCCUCUUCCUCCAGAAGCAGUCUCAGCUGCAAGCGUAUUUUAAUCAGAUGCAGAUAGCAGAGAGCUCCUACCCUCGACCAAGUCAGCAGCUGGCUCUUCCCCACCAGGAGACUCCACCAUCAUCCCCGCAGCCCCCACCUUUCAGCCUGACCCAGGCCCUGAGUCCAGUCCUCGAGCCCUCUUCUGAGCAGAUGCAAUUUAGCCCUUUCCUCAGUCAGUACCCAGAGAUGCAUUUGCAGCCCCUGUCCUCCACAUCUAGCCCCCGGGCUCCACCUUCCUUACCCUCACAAUUGCAGCAACAGCAGCAACCCCCAUCCCCACCCCCACCUCUUCCACCACAGCAGCCAGGAGCUGCUCCAGCCUCCUUACAGUUCUCCUAUCAGACUUGUGAGCUGCCAAGCACCACUUCUUCUGCACCAGACUAUCCUGCUCCCUGUCACUAUCCCGUGGACGGAGCCCAGCAGAGCGACCUCACAGGCGCAGACUGCGCCAGGAGCUCAGGACUUCCGGAGACCCCAUCUAGCUAUGACCCGCUGGCCCUCUCUGAGCUCCCUGGACUCUUUGAUUGUGAAAUGCUAGAAGCUGUGGAUCCACAACACAAUGGAGUGGCUUGUCCUAUCAGCAGAUGAAUGCACUAAGCACAAAGCGUCUUCCUUAAAGCACAAGAAGAGAGCUACUACACUGAUGCUGCAUCUAGAAACACCUAUAAGUUGCCUUUCCUCUCUGUAGUAAGUGUCCAGGCAGGCAAGGGAAGACUAGGCACGGGAAGUCUACAGAGCGCCAUCCUGGGCCCAGCCCAGCCCAGCCCAGCCCCUGCCAAUGUUGGUGACUCAAGCAGUCUUUGAGGCUGGCCAGAGACUAGUUGCUGGGCUCCCCAUUGGUGCCAGGCUGCUUUGAAAAUGCACUCUGCUUGGAAUUGGGCUGUGGGUUACAGCAGGAAUGGAUAGCAGAAGGGUUUGCCAUUUUUGUGAUGUAAUAACUGAAAAUAUCCAGUAAGGAUAAAUUGCAUUUCUUUUAUUGAUUGUGUUCCUCCUCAUGCUUAAGAUCGAUGAUAUUGUGAGGUAAAGAACAUUUCAUUUGAGAGAUCAUUUCAUUAAGAUCUCUAAUGUGUUUUAAAGCUUUGCAAAAUAAGCCAAGUUAUAAAACGGGGCUUGAUUUGUUUAGGCUGGGGGAGGAUGUUUUCCUAAAAUUUACUGCAGAAGUGCUGUAAUAUUGAUGAAAUGAAAAUGCCUUCCAGAUUGAAAAUGGGGGGCUGCUCAUUUCAGGACUGCAGGAACAGACCGCUACAGAUUGGCCUAAACCCAUGCCCCCCACCAGGGCUGUGAGCUGCUUAGCCCAAGAGACCUAGCAGCUAUGGCAGGACAGUUAGGCGACAGAUGAGGGCUGCGGAGAGAGGCUGUCAAGUUAAAGGCUGCAGAGAGAAACCAGGAACGUUGAUCAGCUGCCAGACCUGUUAGGCACUGACCCAGAGAGGAGGUGAGGACAGUCGCCUGGUGAAGAACAUGAACCAUCCUGCUGGAACUUGUCGUAAGCUCCUGUUUGCUCCUCACUUCUUUCAAGUAGAAAUUGUAAUUCCAUGGCUAUCUUUAUUUCCCGAGAUGGAAGCUGGUGAGAGCAGAUGGGCUCUGGUGUUCAGCUCAUCUGAUUGCUUCUGUUGCUGUCCCCUAACUAGUGACCUAUGGAAGCUUCCAAGCCGUUUCUCCUCACAAGUACUAAGUAACACUAAGGAGGCUUAGGCCCACUCUUACGGAGAGGCAGCUUUGAAAUACUGACAUGCUCGCCUGUCAAUUCACAUCAGCAGUGUGUACACUACUGUAUAAUAACCCAUAGCUUUGUUACCUUGUAAAGCAGCCUCUCCAAAGAGACUGACGAUUCAAACAUGAGGUAAAAUUUUCAUUUGGCAAAAAGUGCAAUAUGCGUGGUACUUUUUAUUUUUUGUUUAUUGUCUUUUGUUAUCCAGGGGUAUUACUCUCUGCUUUGGAGGAAAUGCAUUUAGUUCUGCAAUUUCCAGUUGGGCAAGUGUGUCUCUAAUAUUUACAUGCAACUGACAUGCUGGUCCCUGUAAAGCAAAUAGAGGGUGUUAAUGCAAUAGGAAGACAACAGGUUAUGGGGUCCCAUUCCUCUAUUCCCAGGGAGCUGCCUGACCAGCGCCAUCCCUCGCCCUACCCUGACUUGGCCUGUCUGAAUUGCCUUCCUGCCACCAUCAGGGAACAAAGAUGGGGGCAGUCCUCUAUGUCCAUAACCCUCCAGAAUCCAACCAAUGCGAGAUAACAAAGACCCAGGGACCUUGUGGACUAAUAUGAGAUCUAAGAGCUGGUCUAAGCAAAGCCCCUCCUGUCACUUUGCACCCUAGAAAAAAGAAAGCCAGGGUCCCUCUAUCUUAGAAAUCAAGAACGCAGAAAUGUUUAAAUCAUGUACUGGUGUCAGGGAGGUAGGACUUCAGCCUCUGUCUCUCAUGCUCCCUCCUAACUUUUAUAGUUGUGGUACUGCAUUGUUGUGAGGCCCCUACCCCAUAACCUCUUAGUACAACCCAGCCCGUGCAGUGACCCCCUCUGCCCUGCCUGAGAACUGCAGUUACUGGGGCACUCAGCAAGAACUCAUCACAGACCUCUGAAACUGUACCCCAGAAGCCAUUAUACCUAAGGAAGAAUACUAGGACUGGAAAAAGAGUGUGUUCUCAGCUGGAGAGUGUCAGUGUGAUGAGCCAGAAACUGAAGGAACCCAAAAAGUAGCAGCUUCUAGGCCAGCUGAUGAAGGGCCCAGAUGUGCUAGCAGCUCAGGACAUGGGGACCCAGUGGGCUUUUCUUCUGUGGAGUUCUCUAGCCUCUCAUCAAGCCUGCUUCUUAAAUAUAUCAGGGUCAGAGUUUCUCUGGACUGGAUUAUACUUAUCAACAGUGAGUUAAGCUCCCUACUGGUUUAAAGAAAAUUCAUAGUCCAGGCAACUUUUCUCAUUCCUCCUCCUUUAGAGACAAUAUGCAGUGUCAUCUGAUGACACUGAUCCCAGUGGAAGGUUGCAGAGUCCCUAUGCCGGGGCUGACCUUUGCUGCGUUUGUACCCCUAAGCUGGGCUGCCUCUACUGCCUCCUCGGAAGCCACCUGAGCCGGUCGGUCUCUCUGUGCCUAGACAUCAAAGGUAAAAACUGGAGAACAGGUAGUAAGUUGGAGUCAUUGCCCAGGCAGAGAGAUCUUUAUCAUUUUGUUGCUUCUGGAAACUUUUUAUAGAACUUACCUUCACAGUGAUUUGUGGGAGACAAGAGCAGUAUCAGCCUGUUUCAACACUGGACAAAAACACACUUUAAAACUUAUAUGCACACAUAUAUACAUCUAUACAUUUAUGUAUGUGUACACACACAAUUAAAUACAGGUUCUUCCUGGCUAGGGGUCAAGAGAAGUGAGAGAUUACGUGGUUUUUUCCACCUGGGCUCGGUUAAAAGUGGAAUGAGACAGUGACCCUUAAAGGGUCCUUUUGAUCCUAAAACCUCUGAUCUCACACCAUCUCAGUUAUUGUUUACCAUAUUUUCACCCAGUUGCAACCACCCAGCUGAUUCUAAAAGACCUCCAGCCAUCCUGGUUGUGCCACAGCUUACGUCCACGUUACAGGUGAACAGAUUUGGGCACAGGACUUCAUUGGUUGACAAACAGGUAGGAACACUGCCCGACAGCUUAACCAAGGAUGGUCCAUACAAGUCCUGCCCACAGAGCUUGCCUGUCCAUUUCCGAAACAAUGUACCAAGCACUUCAAGUGCUUUCACAUCAGUUCUGUGAGAUUAACUAGAGAGAUUCUGUCUGUAUUUUUUUUUUCAUUUUUUUUUUUUUAUGUGCAUUAGUGUGAAGGUGUCAGAUCUCUUGGAAUUGGCGGUAUAGACAGUUGUGAGCUGCCAUAUGGGUGCUAGGAAUUGAACCCGGGUCCUUUGUUAGAGCAGAUAGUGCUCUUAACCACUGAGCCAUCUCUCCAGCCCCCUGUCUGUAUUUCUCACAACUGAGGAAGCUGAGCUCACAGAGCUCAGAAUUGGAAGUAGCAGGAGUGUUGUCUGGCUUUUGGCUUUGCUUCUGUGUUGGAGCCCUGCCCCCACAGCUGCCCCCUCCACCUGACAGCUGCCUGGCUGCCUGCCCUGUAAGUAAUAACUGCAGCUAUCUGGAGGACUAACUGCACUAGACAGGGACAGGGAGACACUGACACCACAGACUGGCCAUCGAGGUGUCCAAUAAAUUGCAGAAGUUUAGGCUUUCAUCAAAGAUGUUUGCUUAUUCAGAGUUAUGCAACCCAGUGCUUUCCUCCAAAAGUAUAUAUUGGAAGGACACACUCCUCCCUGGUUGCCAAAGGGCCCAUUGCUUGGUCAAUAGAAUCAACUCCAGAGAAGAUGGCUGCCCAGAGAAUCAUGAACUCAACCUUUUUCCUAAAGGAAAAGCAUGUAAAACAUCUUUUUUAUUUUAUUUUAUUUUAUUUUAUUUUUGAGACAGGGUCUCACUAUGUAGAGCUCUGACUGACUGUCCUGGAACUCGAGCUAUAAACCAGACUGGCCUCGAGCCUGCCUCUGCCUCCAAGUGCUAGGAUUAGAGGCGUGCGCCACCCACCCAGCACAUUUCUUUACAGCACAUAUCUUUACAAUUAAGUCCUGUCAAGUAAGAAGGCUUAUUAGACACUUUCAGGAUUCCAAAGUAGUAACAUGCUUUUGAUGUUGGAGUGCUAAAACUUUUCAGAACCAAAAUGGGUGAGUAGGGGUAGCAUUAAAAAUAGAAAUACACACAACAUCCCGGUGGAUAGAGUAAUGUUACAUGACCAAGUGCAGAUAACUGAUGCCUACCCUCCAGGAUUUGCUCAGUCACGGAAAUUCAAGUGGUGAAGCCUCCUCACUACUCAUGGUAUAAAUAAAUAAAUACUGUCUCUACUAGAAUCUCUGAAAGAAAAAGCAGCAGGAAAAGCGGGUUGCUUCAUCUUUGGGGAACUGCAGCUUGAGAAUUAAGAAUGGCGGAGGCUGUUUGCACUUUGUAGAAGGGCAAGGCCAUAUGCUUAUUCCAGAGAGAAGAGAUGGCUGGAUCCAGUCUGCUCUGUGAGUUACUGUCCAUAAACUUAAUCUAAUUGUACUUAUUUUUUCCUGCGUGCUUUUCAAUUACCAAGAAAAAUUUGGUAACUUCCAUAGCUUUGGUAUUUUGUGUGCAAAUCAUAAUAGCUCCAAUGUGAAAAAUCAAAAGUGUAACCUGUCACUUAAUGUUAGAAAAUGGCCUAAAAUGAAGUUUAAUAAAUGAUCUUUGUACCAAAUGGUAAUUUAAGUGGGAUAAUUUUCUGCAAGGAAAAUGUACUAUUUUUAUGUUUCCAACCCUCGUGAAUUAAAAUAAAAAACACCUUGUUUUCUAAAA